UGAAGGCCUCCACUGAUUGGUGGGUCAGCCCGACACCACGUCACCACUCUGGCUCUGGUAGGAGGAGGCGCAUGCGGCCAUACAUCCAGGCCACCAGGCUGCAUCAUGCCGGACAUUGUUUGGAAAGUUACUGUUGUUUAUUUCACCACCAUUCUCAGCUUCUGCUGCUGUUUUCUCACCGACGUGAACCCCGAGGACAACCCGAACAUCCCGGCUAUCGCCAAGUACUUCACCACUAAAGGGAGGUACGAGGAAGUGAACCCGUAUCUCAUAGACGACAUACUUGCUGUGAACAGAUCCAUCUUACAGCCUCCAUCUCCGCAAUGUCGCGAAAUCCACCUGACUGCCAUCAUAAGACACGGCACAAGGUACCCGACCAGCAAAAACGUCAAGAAGAUGCAGAAGCUGUACGAGCUGGUGAAGAGCAGCGCCGCAGCCAAAGAGAGCUGGCUGCGUGAGAUCCAGACCCAGUGGAGGAUGUGGUACACUGAGGACAUGGACGGCAGACUCGUCCAGAAAGGUGUGGACGACCACAAACAUCUGGCUGUCAGGCUGUCGAAGCUGUUCCCCACAUUGAUCUCAGAGGAGAAGCUCCGAGGGGGAUUCAUCAACUUCAUCACCAGCUCAAAGCACAGGUGUGUCAACAGCACACUGUCCUUCAAGGCAGGACUGACAGGGCUGUGGGACAUUACAGAUAAGGAGUUUGACCACACAGUGAACGAUGCCCUGAUGAGGUUCUUUGACCAGUGCACCAGGUUUGUGGAGGAAGUCGACAACAACCCGUCAGCUGUGACAGAGGUGGACAAGUUCAGGCAGGGACCAGAGAUGAGGAGGGUCCAGGAGAAGAUCGCAGACCGUCUCAGAGUCCCGUACGAUAACAUCACAGAUGAUAUGGUCGAAGCUGCCUUUUACUUGUGUGCUUAUGAGUUUGCUAUCAAGACUGUGAACUCUCCCUGGUGUCGGCUCCUCGAUGAGGUCGAUGCUCAGGUUAUGGAGUACGCAAAUGACCUGAAAAAGUUCUGGAAAACAGGCUACGGUUACGAUAUUAACAGCAAGUCGAGCUGCAUCCUAUUCCAUGAUUUGUUUAGCCGACUGGACAAAGCAGCCAACGAGAACAAAUCAGGCCAGCAGGUGACUGAAGCUGUGACAGUCCAGGUCGGCCAUGCAGAGACCCUCCUGCCACUGCUUACACUUCUGGGCUUCUUCAAGGACAGCGAUGCCCUGACAUCCACCAACUACGCCUCUCAGACCCAACGCUCAUUCCGCACCAGCCACUUUUUACCCUAUGCAGCUAACUUACUCUUCGUCCUGUACGACUGUGGGGGAGGCGACCUGAGACUGCAGCCGCUGCUCAACGAGAAGACAGUGACUUUCCCCGGUUUGACUGACCAGAGGGCCUCCAUGCCGCUCUAUGAAGACGUCAAAGAGCACUACAGGGAACUUCUGCAAGGCUGUGACUUUGAGGCUGAGUGUCGGCUGUUCAAGCGUCCUGCUGAUGUUUAGGCAGACAGGGUAGACUCUGGAAAAGACGACAUUACAGUGGCGUUGUUGUCUUUUCUUUGCAUGAACAUAUCGCAGUAUCAACUGGACUUUUUAGUAUUUUUCACUCCCUUUGUGUUGCACCUGAGAAAAGGCAGAUUUGGUGUCUCUGAAACACCCCAGGGAUUUAAUUUGAAGUGUACCCGUACCAUUACAGUAUUACUACAUCUAUAUUGCUUAAUUACAGGGUUUAUUUCCAUUAUUGCACAUGAUAUAACAUGAAUUAAAGUGUGAAUUUUUGCAGUGUGAACAUUUUCUAUGUCCUGUUACAGUACCGCCAUUCUGAUUACAGGAUUCCUUUCCAUUAUUGCACGAUAUAACAUAAAGUUAAGUUUAUAUUGUUG